AUGAAUAUUUCCCCAGACAAGCAUCUCUUGAGCCCCGAACGCUUGCAUAAUAUCGACGAUGUCGCCGGACGGCCGGUCUCAUUUGCCCGACAAGCCGUUUCACAGCAAGAGACCACACAGAAAGACAAGGGCUGGCUGUGUCAACUGCAAAAAGCGCAGAACCAGUGCAAUGAAGGCAAGCCCAGCUGCAGUGCUUGUCUGAAUAGGAGAGAACACUGCGAGUAUCAACAGGCGAUGCUUCUGCGGGUCCCACAGCAGCACCCAUAUCAACAGGAAACACUUUUACGGCGCCGUCAGCAAAGCCCUCCACGACCUCAUCCGCUUUCACUUCCGCCGAGUCAUCUCGAGGAGUUUCGACGAGAGUUGUUCCCGCUACCAGAGACAACUUCGACCCCGAAACAGCUUCAGCAACAGUCAUUGCCUACAGGACCACUGCCGCCCGUUCUCUCACUGCUUCAGCGACUUCACCAGUCCUUCAAAAAUCAGAAAUUCAUAGAGACCCAGAAGCUGAAACAGCUUGCGAAUAUGUCUGAGUUUGAGAGCGCUGUCUCAGGACAUCUCCAGAGUUACCAGCCCCCUGUAGACUGCUUCAACUCGAAACAAGUGGACGCCAUAUUUGCAAAGCUCAAGGAUGCACUAUGUGCGUUACUCGACAAUCUAAUCGGCAUACGGAACGUGCGUUCUUUCGACAGCCAAAUGCGGUUGCAUCCAUUUCACAUACCGCAAUGCUCGGAUCUCGAGACCCAAGGGCAUUUUUUGCAGCACUUCCAGUUGCACACUAGCACGUCAUUCAAUGUCGAUCCUAGAGACAGGCGAGACUCUGACAGUAUUCUCAGAGAGACUACCAUUCGCUGCAGCUUUGAAUUGACAUCUCUCAUGAACUGUGUAUUGGCAUUAUCGGCUCUCCACAUAAAACAAGGGAAACUUCGGGAGAUCCUGCCUUAA